UUAUCUCCUUAUUUAUUUAUUUAAACAUUUAUAUCAGUAUGGACUCACACAUUUAAUUGUAUACUUUGGGUUAUCAACCAAUACAAUGUUAUUUCUUUUGUUUGCUCAAAUUGUUUCAGAUUUGGCCACUGGGAGUUUCCUUCUAUAAUUUUCAUGGACUAUCUCAUCAUGUUUGUGCCAAUAAACUACUUUCCUAGAUUAGAAGGUUGAGUUUAGCUCUUGAGAGCGUUUAAGCACCUUUGGUUGACCUGGCACCUUGGUAUGUGGAACUCCAACUCACAAUGGACAUAAGAGACAAACUUUACAACCCCACAACUAUUCACUAAUGUUUCUGGAUGGGCUAGUAAGUCCAACCUCCUCUUGGGAUUAAGUUUACUGAUGGAGGCGGGUGAGACAGGGCCAAAGCUGGAGCUACUGGGAGUCAAGAAGGUGCCCAGGCAUUUGCUUCCUUAAGGGUGAGAGGGAAGCAGGUGACAUGAUCCUAAUUUAGAGCAUUACCAGCCCUUGAGGAGGCCUACCUGCCCAAGCGUCCUGAGACUCCCCUAGUAGGGAGUGAUUUGUAGCCCAAGGAUGGUGUCCACCCAUUCUCAGGGCUUGAUCCACAGACUGCAGCAGUUAAGGUGUUCAAGAGGCUUGAGUUGGGACUAGCACCCCAUACUUAUCUCCAGGACUUAAACUUGGGCACAAGUAAGGUUUUUGGAUGCUCUUUUGUCUACCUGUAGUGGUGUAGACCUGUCCUUGACCCCUCCUGUGAUUUUCAUCUCUUUGUCUUGGGAGGGUAUCGCACUUGGGAGCCAGGAUAGUUUGAGGGAAGGAGUAGCAGGAAACAGGGGUGACAGUUGGAGCUGGGACAACAGAGCAGUUGGCUCAGCAUGGAAUCACUUAGACACAUCACCUCCAGUUGGUCUUUGGCAAAGAAGAAACCACAUCCUCUCCAAGAGCUUUGCCCUCAAGAGUAGGAAGGGCUUCCCACUCUUAACAGCCCAAAGGCUGAGGGAGCCACAUGUGCCAGGUCCCUGCCCACAGGCCUUUGGAGCUUCUAGGAGGGGUGUGGGCUGGGCUUAGGGUGCUAGUAGUUUAUAAAGCAGCAGAAAUCCUGUCCUGAGCAGAGCAUUCUAGCAGCUGACACGAUGAGGGGGGCACUGCUUGUGCUGGCAUUGCUGGUGACCCAAGAGCUGGGCGUCAAGAUGGCGGAAACUUGCCCCAUUUUUUAUGACGUCUUUACUGCGGUGGCCAGUGGAAAUGAAUUACUGUUGGACUUCUCCCUCAUAAGAGUCAAUGCUACUGAACCAGAGAGAACAGCCAUGAAAAAAAUCCAGGAUUGCUACGUGGAGAACGGACUCUUAUCCAGGGUCUUGGAUGCACUAGUCAUGGCAACCAUCAGCAAAGUUUGCAUCGUUGAAACAAGUCAGAACACCGUAGAAGAUCUCAAGCUGAACACUUUGGGGAGAUGAAUCUUUGCCGCUGAUGCCCCUCCUGAGCCCCAUCCUCCUGCCCUGUUCUUUACACCUAAAGCUGGAAUCCAGACACCUGUCCUCACCUAAUUCACUCUCAAUCAGGCAGACUAGAAUAAAAAAACUGCAUCUUA